CCUUAUACGGAAAAUUGAAUGAAGCCCAAAAAGAGAUAUAUGACAAGUUGUUUUGGAUUAUUGGAAUAUGCUUACAAGGCUACCAAUAAAGCUCUUAUUGUAAAUGGAAUUCCAACAGUUCCUACCACAUGCAUCACAUUCAGCCUCGGAUACAUGUGUAUAAAUGGGAGUGCCAUUCUUAUCCUCCAAGCCACACUCACUCACUCACUCACUCACUCACUCACUCUCAUUGAUAGCUUUACGUUAUAGGCACUUGAGCUUAUUGUUCUUGCUUCUUGCUGCAAGAUAAUGUCUAUUACUUUAAUGAUGCCAAGAAGAGAGUUUGUUAUUCUCUUUAUGAUUGUUGUUAUAAUUUCUUUGCUUGUAGUGAGAUCGGAGGGAAGACAUUUCCCUGAGUACAAAAACAUCAUUGGUAAUAAAAGGAUUUACAGUGAGGUUCACUUACAUGACAUGGUCAACAAUGCACGAAGAAGUAUAGAGUAUUACAAGAAAAGGUUAAUGUUGGCCGGAGACAAAGUGAUGAGGGUGUCACCGGCUGGUCCAGAUCCUCAACAUCACUAGGGUUAUAAAAAAUGUUAUUUGAAUAUUUUCUGUGAACAUUCUAGUGUCCACACAAAUAUUUUGUAUUUUUCGCCUUCCGAAUGAUACUUGAUUGAAACCAUAAUAAUAUUUUUCUAUCAAGGUUCACACACCAAAUCCCACCAUCAAUCUUGUAUUGUGACCUAAUUUCUAAGGGAAAUUAAUGGUUGUGGUUUUGAAUGUAAACUUUUGCACCAAAAAAUGAGUGUUAAUUAUUAUUGGCCAUAUA